CUCCCACUGGCUUUUAACUUUGCCCUGGGCCACCCACCCGCAGCUUUCUCUCUUGGUAGCCGUGGCUCCUUCCUGGCUUUCUCUCCAAGACCAUUGAGGCCGAAGCUCCUGCGAACUCCAUCAGCAGCCUGCUGCCCAGUAAGGUCAGAGAUGGCAGUGUCCCCCAACUCCCACCUCUUGGUUGGUCUGCUCAGCCUCAUGGUCCUGCAGCUGCCCAGGCUGGACUCCGCUCGGUUUGAUGUGGUCGCACCCCAGGAGUCAGUGCUGGCCCUGGUGGGCGGGGACGCCGAGCUGCCCUGUCGCCUCUCUCCGAACGUGAGCGCAGAGCACCUGGAGCUGUGGUGGUUCCGACAGACGGCGAGGCCCAUGGUGCUCCUGCACCGGUCCGAGCAGGGCCAGGAGGCUGAGCCGGUGGCCGAGUACCGCGGGAGGACGGCGCUGCUGACCGCGGGGCUCCGGGAGGGCCGCGCUGCUCUGCACAUCCGAGACGUCAGGGCCUCGGACGACGGGGCGUACCUGUGCCUCUGCAGAGACAACGCCAGCUCCGCCCAGGCCACCGUGCAUCUCAAAGUAGCAGCUCUGGGAUCCGAUCCUCACAUCAGGAUGGAAGUUCAAGAGGACAAAGGGAUCCGGCUGGAGUGCACCUCCUCAGGGUGGUACCCAGAGCCCCAGGUGGAGUGGAGAACUUCCUCAGGAGAGAGAUUUCCAUCCACAUCAGAAUCCAGGAAUCCUGACGAGGAAGGCCUGUUCACGGUGGUGGCCUCAGUGACCAUCAGAGACAGCUCUGUGGGGAAUGUGUCCUGUGGCAUCGAGAACGCCCUCCUCAGCCAGGAGAAGGAAGUGGGGAUUUCCAUACCAGCUCCGUUCUUCUCAAAGCUGACUGUCUGGAUGGUCGCAGUGCUCUUCCUCGCCGUAGCCCUGGGACUUCUCACCAUCGGGUCCGUGCUUUUCACCUGGAGACUAUACAAGGAGAGAUCCAGACAGAGGGGGGCCGAAUUUGGCUCUAAGGAGAGGCUCCUGGAAGAACUCAAAAACAGAAAAGCCGCAUUGCACGAAGUUGACGUGACUCUGGAUGCAGACACAGCCCACCCCUACCUCUUUCUGUAUGAGGAUUCAAAGUCGGUUCGCCUAGAAGAUUCACACCAGACACAGCCUGAUAGACCAGAGAGAUUCGACUCCUGGCCCUGUGUGUUAGGCCGGGAGACCUUCACUUCAGGGAGACAUUACUGGGAGGUGGAGGUGGGAGAUAGGACCGACUGGGCCCUCGGGGUGUGCAGGGAGAACGUGAUGAAGAAAGGGUUUGACCCCAUGACUCCUGAGAAUGGGUUCUGGGCUGUGGAGCUGUAUGGAAAUGAGUAUUGGGCUCUCACCCCCCUCCGGACCCCUCUCCCAUUAGCAGGAGCCCCUCGGCGGGUUGGGAUUUUCCUGGACUAUGAAUCAGGAGACAUCUCCUUCUACAGUAUGACCGAUGGGUCUCUCAUCUAUGCUUUCCCCAGCAUCUCUUUCUCAGGCCCUCUCCGGCCCUUCUUUUGCCUGUGGUCCUGUGGUAAAAAGCCCCUGACCAUCUGCCCAGCAGCCUGUGGGCCUGAGCAGGUCACAGUCAUUACUGAUGCCCAGGACCUUUCUAAGAACAUUCCAUUGUCCCCUCUGGGGAAGGGCUUUACUGCCAGGGACACAGAAACUCUCCAUUCCAAACUAAUCCCUUCCCCAGCCAGCCAGGCAGUACCUUAAGGAACAGUCCAGCUCAUUUCCCUUUCCUGACUCUUCGUGGCGCCUUGGUCUGCCUGUCCAUUCCCUGCAGCCAGGGUUCUUCCUAGUGGAUGGUGAUUAAGUCAUCUUGGGAAGGUGGAGGGAAAAGGGCUUCUCACGUGUUUCUAUACCAAUCUUGGGGGGAUGGAGAGGUGAUUCCUAAACUAUUUCUAGUGUGCCCAUAUCCCUUCAGGCCAGAGCCUACAGGGAAGGCCUUGAUACAACCUCCUAGGGACCAGAGGGAAUUAGGUGGACAUGGCAUUGUGGCAGAAAUAUCCUGGUACCUGGAAGGUGUGUGUGGAGGAAUGGGUUCUAGAAAGGAAAAAAAGGGUUCUGGGAAAGGAAGAUCUUAAGCUAAAAUCUCAUAAAGCAAUUUGGAGGAGACAAGACAAAUGAGGUGAACUUGAUCCAACCAUGUACACUUGUCUGUCCCUAGGGUUUUUCAGGCCUAUAUCUCAAAUAUUUUUAUUAAUUAAAUUGCUCUUUGACACCCUCA